AUGCGUCUAUUCCACGUCCUUGUCUUCCUUACCGCCCUCGUCACUUCCACGCUGGCAUUCAGGGAUCUCACUGGGCACGACAUCUGGAAUUCUCUCAACCGGGCGUACCGCCGUACCUACGGCGAAGACUCGCACCUCGCUGCGCGAGCCCAAGUGAACUGCAAGAACGACGGCAAGCUGCGUCGGCCCACCAAAUACGAAGCCCAAGGUUGCGUGCCCGACAGCUCGAGAGGCUUCUUGUCCGCGCACAACUGCGCUAGCAAGGGCGGAUCGGCGUACCUUUGCCACACGGAUGCCGGCACGGUGUGCAUUUCUGGUGUGAGCAAGCUUCGCGCGAGCAACAUGGAGAACGGGGAGUGCUUCGUAUGA